ACAAAAAACAAUAACACGAAAAAUGCCGCCAGCAGGUGCUGCGUUUUUGUUUCUCUUCAGGGCAUUACAUUGCUCAUCUGGGUUCAUUUUUGCUGGUAUUUUUUUCUGUCACUUCAAGUUUGUUUUUCCUUGAGAUGGGUUCUUUUGGAUUUUUGUUUAUUUUGUUGGCUGUGAAUCUUUUGGUAAUCUGUGAGACUGUUAAAGCUUUUGUAUUAGUGCACAUGAAGCAUUUUUUUUAAUUUUUGGGAUUUAGGUGUAGUUUGUGUAAAUUGAAGUAUCUUGAGAAAUGAAUUCUUCAUUUGAUGCCGCGGUGAAAGAAUAAAGAGUCGUAGAGAUUGGUCCGGUUACUGUUAAACAUGUUUGAUGUGAUGGGAAGUUAUGUUUUUCCACUUUUUCUUUCUUACUAUAAUUACUGACUGAAUAAAUAUGCUGCAUUUGUUUAGAAAGAUAUUUGACUGAGAGAAAGUUUCGACUUCAAUUUCUUCUUCUUCUUUCAAUUACUCACUGAUGAAAUCAGCUGAACUUCUUGUCGAAAAGAUGAUCCGCCAUGGCUAUGAGUUUCUGACGUUUACACCGGUUCUACACUCAAUAUUCAUAACUAUAUUUUACUUCUUGAAAGCUGAUUGUCUAGGAGUGUGGUAGCUGGUUUAUAUUAUAUUGUCUAUCUCGUCAUCAAGUGUUAAUUUUACUUAUGUUUCAUAGAAAAAAAAGAUGGUUAUUGUUUUGUAGUAAAAAGAUGAAAAAAUAAAAAGAAUUAUGACCUGUCCAUUUUAUCUCAAUUUUUAAUUUUGGCAGCUCCAGCUCCACUAUAAAGCUUAAAAUUCAGUUGACAUUUGGUUUCAUCUAAUGUUAUCGUCGUUAGACUCACUUACCAUUUUUUCCAAUAAUAUUUUGAAUAAAUGGCUAAAUGUGAUUCUGUUUCUAGUAUUUAAACUGGUAUAUUUUUCUGGGGCCAUAAAAUCCUAGAAAGAUGACUCCCUAUGUUGUUGGAGUCCUUGUUCCUCUAGUUUUCACUUUUCUAUUUCGGAACUCCAAGAAUUCAAAGAAACGAGGAGCUGUUGAUGUUGGUGGAGAACCUGGUUAUGCAAUAAGAAACUCUCAGUUUCCUUCCCCAGUAAUUACAGCUUGGGAAGGUAUUUAUACUCUUGCAGAACGUUUUGAACUUUCAUGAAAGCAGCAUCAUAAUAAACGCUUGCUUGGAACUCGAAAAUUAAUUUCAAGGGAGAAUGAAGUCACUGAAGAUGGAAGAUCCUUUGAGAAGCUUCAUUUGGGAGAUUAUGAGUGGCUAACCUAUGGUAAAGCGUUUGAAACUGUGUGCAACUUUGCUUCUGGCUUAGCUCAACUUGGGCACAGAAAGGAGGUUUUUGCUGCUACAUGAGAAGAAUGGUUUCUUGCAUUGCAGGGUUGCUUUAGACGCAAUGUCACUGUGGUGACUAUUUAUGCAUCUUUGGGAGAGGAGGCUCUGUGCCAUUCAUUAAGUGAGACAGAGGUUACAACUGUUAUUUGUGGGAAUAAAGAACUGAAAAAGCUUGCUGAUAUAAGUGGACAACUUGACACUGUGAAGCUUGUGAUAUGUAUGGAUGUUGACAUCUUAUCUAAUGCCUCAUCAAUUGAGCAAAGUGGUUGGUGGAAGAUCAUUUCUUUUGCUGGUGUACAGAGUCUUGGCAGAGAAAAUCCUAUUGUUGCUGAGUUACCUGCUCCAGCUGAUAUUGUUGUUAUAAUGUAUACAAGUGGGAGUACUGGAUUGCCUAAGGGUGUGAUGAUGACACAUGCCAAUGUCCUAUCUGUAGUUUCUGCAGUUAUGACACUUGUCCCUAAUCUGGCAAACAAGGAUGUUUAUAUGGCAUACCUUCCUCUGGCUUAUAUUCUUGAAUUGGCAGCUGAGAAUGUAAUUUCUGCUGUUGGAAGUGCCAUAGGAUAUGGUGCCCCUUUGACUCUAACUGAUACAUCAAACAAAAUAAAGAGAGGAACAAAGGUGGAUGCCACUGUAUUAAGGACAACUCUCAUGGCGGCUGUCCUGGCAAUACUUGACUGUGUUCGAGAUGGUGUGUGGAAGAAUGUAGAUGCAGAAGGUGGACCUGCCAAGAAAUUGAUUGACUUGGAUUCUUGUAGGAUGUCUGCAAUAAGUAGCUGGCUAGGAUUUUGGGGCCUGGAAAGGCUUCUAUGGAACUUUCCUGUGUUUAGAAAGGUACGAGCAAUUCUUGGAGGUCAGGUGCGUUUUGUGCUUUCAGGAGGUGCUCCGCUUUCUGGUGAUACUCAAAGAUUCAUCAACAUUUGUCUUGGUGCUCCAAUAUGCCAAGGAUGUGGUCUUACUGAGACUUGUGCUGGUGGUACCUUCUCUGAGGUUGAUGAUACGUCUGUUGGUCGAGCUGGUGCUCCACUUGCUUGCUCAUUUAUUAAGGUAACAAAGUUAGUAGAUUGGUCUGAAGGUGGUUAUUUAACUACUGACUUGCCAAUGGCUCGAGGAGAAAUAGUAAUUGGUGGUCCAAAUGUUACAUAUGGAUACUUCAAAAAUGAAUAGAAAACAAAGGAAGUGUACAAGGUCAAUGAGAGAGGAGUGAGGUGGUUCUAUACAGGUGACAUAGGGCAGUUCCAUGCUGAUGAUUGUCUUGAGAUAAUUGACCGUAAGAAAGAUAUAGUCAAACUUCAGCAUGGAGAAUAUGUUUCCUUAGGAAAGGUUGACGCAGCUCUGAUGGUGAGCCCGUACAUAGACAACUUAAUGUUGUAUGCCGAUCCCUUUCAUGGUUACUGUGUUGCUCUUGUGGUGGCUGCACAGCCUACUCUGGAAGCUUGGGCUGCCAAGCAAAGCAUUAAUUAUAAUGAUUUUGCUACAUUGUGUGAAAAAGAAGAAUCAGUGAAGGAAGUGUAUGCAUCUCUUGCAAGGGCAGCUAAGAAUGCACGUUUGGAGAAGUUUGAGAUUCCUGCAAAGAUAAAAUUGCUUUUUGAGCCAUGGACACCUAAAUCUGGUUUGGUCACUGCAGCUCUCAAGCUUAAAAGAGAGAUUAUUAGGAAGACAUUUGGCGACGACCUUGCAAGAUUAUAUGAUGAUGAAAAAAUUUGGUUUUCUGCCAAACUGUCUUGGUGCUACUUAUCUUCACUUAACCCAAAUCUUUCUCUUGCUCUUGUACUCCUGAAGUUAUUUUUCUUUUGUGUGUGAUUAUUUAUUUUGUUUGUUUGGAAUAAUCUAUAGGAAAAUAUGAGAAAACAUAAUCAGAUUUUUGCA